AUGUCGAUGUUCGCCUAUUUCGGCUUGGUAACGUCCGGGACGAGUCUUCAGUUCAAGAUUUGCUCUUGCGUGCUUGGAAUCUGCGUGUCCGCCUUGGGCUCUUAUCCGAACAUGAUGGAGCUGUCGAAGAAGUCCUGGAAGUGGAUGAUCGGGCUUGUCAACUCGGGCAUGUGGACUGCCAGCGUCUUCUGGCUGAUUCUAGUGACGUACUUUAUUCGCGACUGGCGACUGGCUUUCAAAGUCUACUCGAGCCCAAUGCUGAUUGCCGUCUUCUACAUUUUCUACUAUCCGGAGAGCCCGCGCUGGCUCCUCGAGCAAGGAAGAAUCGAGGAAGCAGUCGACUGGAUCAUGAAAAUCGCCAAGACAAACGGCGUUCAAAUCGAGCGAAGCUCCAUUCUUGAACAACUGCAAGCGCUGAAACCCAAAUCGCCGAGCGAAAAGCACGAAGAAGAAACGAUCUGUAAUUAUUUAAAAAGAACAGCCGUUUCCGGACGCUUUUUCAUCCUCAUUUGGAUACAUUCUUGCGCGAUGCUCCUCUGGUACAACAUCGUUUUCGCCACUGGCCAAAUGCACUGCUGCAUCUACGUGACUUUCGCGGUGAUGGUCCUUUUGGAAGGGCCGCUGAGGAUUUCUUACAACGCGAUUUUGCUGAAACGAAUUCGGCGAAAAGGAAUCGCCUUCUUUCUUUCCGCUUCGUCGGCCUUUUUCAUGAUCAUGUUGGUGCUGCAAAAGUACGAAGAGGGAGACGAGUUCUGGAUUCCGAAACUCGUCUUUGGAGUCGCUUCCAAACUCAUGAUUCAAAGCUACAUGUCCUACAUGUUUACCAUGGUUUCCGAAGUCUCUCCCACUUUCAUCCGGGCUCGAGCGAUGUCUGCCCUACUUGCCUUCGGCAAUUUGAGCUCGACCUGCGCGCCGCUCAUCCUCUCAUUUUUCGGAACCAGCACUCCUAUUUUCGCCCUGAUCGCUUUGCUCUCCGCAACUCUCAUUUUCCUGCUACCACCUGUCAUCAAAAGCGACUUGCCGGACAGCCUCGACGACGCCGAGGCUCUAGCUCUCACUGCCACUAGAAUCUUUGCAAAAUAA